AUGAAGUUUAUAAACAUCUUCAGCCUCGCCUCUUUGGUCUUGGCGGCACCCAGCAAGCUUCCCGCUCGUCAAGAGACGGCUGCCGGCAACAUGCCACAGCCCGUCCCUGGCAACAUGCAGCAGCCAGCCGCUGGCAACAUGCAACAGACUGCUAUUGGCACUCUUCAAAACAUGGCGGAAAAUUUACCUGAGAUAUCCCCCGCAUUGAAGGGAUUGGUGGAUAAAGCUGCCGAGUCGGAAAACACUGUGAAGGAAGCGGUUGACGCUGCUGCGAGCGCCGGCGAGGACGCCGAGGCUCUCAAGGGAGCCUACGAGAUGAUACGCCAGGCCUUGCAGGGUGGCAGUGACGCCAUCAAAAAGUCUACCACUGGUGGCACGCAAGGUGUCACCGAGAAUGCCACAGGCCUCACUCAGGAGGAGGUAGAUCUGCUCGAAAAGGUUGUUACCACUACCAAGGACAACAUUGCGAGCUUCCAGGACGUCAUUGAAGGCACUGAUACCAAACCCCAGCCUGCCGUGACGGAAGAUAUCGAGGGGGAAGUUGACGCCGUCAAGGAUGCGACUCAGAGCUUUGUGGGCACCAUUGUCGAAUUCGCGGACGCCGCCAGCAAGUCUUCUGGCAGUGACACCGUGGAUAUUGUUGGUCUGAAGACCGCCACGCAGGAGCUGCGCAAUACUUUGGGGGACUUUAUCAACUAG